CAUGCAGACCUGCUACAACUGCGGGUGUCAGGAGAUGGCCAUCAAGCGGCUUGGGGGGCUGAAGGAGGGGCAGCGGCCCUGGUCAGUCAAAGUCUGCAACGACUGCUUGACGACCUGGAACCGCGACGUCUCCGCCGCCAACGUGAUCCGUGUGCUCCUCCUGAUGAAGCUGAUGGGCUUCGAGCGGCCGACCAAGCUGCAGCGGCCGCCAUGGCCGCCGGCGGCGGCGGGGCCGGGCUGAGAGCCUGAACGGCGCUAGCAGGGCGUGGGGCUGAGGUGCACGUGUCGAUUGGCGGCGAGUGACGUGACUAGUUUGUUAGCUGCGGGUUAGCACGGACUGUGCACCCCACCCAACCGGCCACGUCCGGAUUUGCGGGGAUGCCAAAGGCCCCCAACAUAGAGGCGUGUGCUUAGUAGGCGCCCGCGUCAAGGUGGCUGGGUUGAUAACGACCCGGGAGGGGAGGGCUCAGCCCUUUUCCUGCCUCCCUAAGGCAGCCACCUCCUUGUUGCAGCUGCAGUGUUAUAUGCGUGUGUUAACGCAUGACGGCGACGCCCCCACAGUACUGCCUACCAAAUAGCAACAACACAGGAGCAUGGCAUGGUGGCAGGUCUGGAUUGGUGCUGGAGUGGUGGCUGGACAGGAGGUUGUGUGUGUACCCAAGCACCAGUGUGUCGCGCUCCAGAUGAUUUGGGCGAGUUGUGAACGCAGCCUUGCGGUUUGCGUCAGUCAAUAAUGGGGGCGCCCCAGGCCGGACCCACCUUUGGGGCGUGGGCGCCAGCGCAAGCGAUGAGUCAGAGCUUCAUUGGGCCGACGGGA